GCUAGGGCUAACUCAUCCCUCUCUCCGCUACCGCUUUGCGAUAAGUCCAACAACAAAUUUUGCUUGGCACGGUGCCUAAAGCCGUAUAAAAACUGUGAUCCGUAUGAGCCGACCUCCAGGCGUCCCUUCUGGGAGGGGAGGGCUUCUGAUGCCUUGGGGGAGAGCAUCUCUCUCUAACUUGCCAUCAGUGGGGCAAAACAGCAGCUGUAUCGGUGAAGUUGUUAGGCUGAGAGACUGUCGUAGUGUCAGAUAAAGCAGGUUUGUGUCUUCCUGGCUGCGUUUGAUUACUUUUUAAGGAGUAUUUUAUUGAUAUUUUUCUCAUUCCUGUUUUUCUCCGGGGCGGAUGGAGCUGGGUUUCGGCUUUCAUUACGUCGUCCUCCGCAAAUGUGGCUUAAAUGUCAAAGAACAGUGUCUUCUUCACGCUGUUUGUUGGGGCCUGUUUAGCGUCUAGACAUAAUGGCACUAAAAAUAGUUUAUUGAGAUUCUUUCCUAAUCUUCGGGGAGGGGCUUUUUUAGGGAGAACAGGGACGUAAACCAUGCUUUGAUGCAAACAUACGCUUGGGAAGUCGAAGCUAGAAGAGCCUCCCUGGUGGAUUCAUGCUGUCGGAAGAUUAAUAACUAGUUUUGGGGCAGUGCGACCUGCCCAGCUAAUGGGUACGUGCAGCACGGUGUCCUCCAGUGCCAAGGCUAAUUGCCUUUCCUGCGAGCCUGGUGCCUUUCGGUUGUUGCAGUGCUCCUGGCACUCGUGCUGCGAGUCAGGUCCUAAUUUUGUCUCGUUAUCCACGCAGCUCAGCGACAGCGCGAGAUAGCAGUGGAGAGGAAACCACGUCGGCAGACAGACAGAUCUGUGAGGAGCAGCGGCCGUGAUCUCUUUUUUUAAGAAUAAGCUGCGUCAAGGCGUUGUCGCUUCUCGAGCUCCUAAAUGCGUGUGGCAAAAUCCCUGGGCCGACCUCACGAAGCGCUGGAUGCGUGAGGAGAGGUGGCUAGUGUCCUCGUUUAUCCUUGCUGGCUGGUUAAGGGCUGCUCAUUUGAAUUGGCAAUGCUCUCCAAAUUUGAGCUCCUUCCUCCCUGUAAUUCAAAACGUGGAAGUAGCAGACUUGAGCACAAAUAGAGAUCAAGAGCUUGCAGUGACUUUGGCUGAGAAAGUACAGGGUUAAUCUGAGCACUGAAGAGCUUUUAACGCAGCGAGAAGCAUGCCUGAAGUGGGGAAGCUUUUUUCUUAUGCUAGGCAUUGGUUUUGAACAGAAUGGGAAACUUUUUACCCAAUUUUUUAGUGGAUUCUGGGAGAAAUCCAGAAUUCCCUCACUGAUGACAAGGGUUAUUUGGAUCACAGAUCUAGAAAGACUAUUGUUUGGGUAGGGUGAGAGUGAUACGUGUGUAUUUGGGGCUGAUCACUGUAGGUUAUUAUGCCCUGAUUUUUAAGUGUAAAGGAAGCAUCCGAUUUUGGAGAACUAUGUAGCGGCUCUAACAGUUAUAGAUAUUAUAAUGUAGAGGAUGUUUUAGCUGCCCUUUGCGUUGCUGCUUGUUGGCGAGAAGCUCCCCAAAUGCAGGGCAGCUGUCAGGUCUGUUGGUGGUGUUUUAUAGACCGUGGUUGUGCGUGUUUGCCGAGGGACGGCUGGAAAUUACAGUGGGAUGAGAGGCAAAAACACGAGGUACUUUGCAAAAGUCUGCACAGUAGUAGGAGAGAGUAAAAUUAGACUGUGCAGGGCUCAUUUUGGCAGGGGUUAACUACUGUGAUGGCAGAUUUUGAAGGAUUCCUCUGGGAUAAGCUUGCAUGUGUUGAUCAAAUUAGGAGAACUGUUUGUUUUUUCUUUCUGGGAGUGGAAGUUGUGGGUCCUGACAUCCGAGGAUGUAUUCGGAGGCCGUCCUGGGUGUGUAAAGUGCGCGAAGAGCUGUCCAGCAGCGCUUGGAGUCGGGGUGACGCUCGCAUUAAUCAGAGCGUUUUGCAGAUGAGGAGGUUGACGUGACUUUUUGCAAUGUAAAGAAUACAACGGCAGCCCCAGGCUUGACCUGCAAAGCCUGCAGGAAUGUGGAAAUAUGGCUUGUGUACGAGCCAUCUCUUGACUGCCAGGAAGGAAAGGGGGAAGAGCAAAACAAGCAACUGGGAAAUAGACAGACGGUUGGAAAAGAAGCUGAAGAUCACACAAAAAGAAAGAGCCGGGUCUUCAAGACUGGAUGUAGCUACAGCUAUGGGGAAGCCUUUUAAGAAAAAGACACUCAAAGGAAGAAAUGGUAGAAAAUCAAAAUCUCCUCCUAAAGUGCCGAUUGUGAUUCAGGACGACAGCCUUCCUUCAGGUCCUCCGCCGCAGAUCAGGAUCUUAAAGAGGCCUACAACGAACGGCGUGCUGAGCAACCCCAACUCCGCUAGCAGGCCAGCGUUCCCCGUGAAGUCCUUGGCGCAAAGAGAGGCGGAGUACGCGGAAGCCAGAAAACGAAUAUUGGGCAGCGCGAGCCCUGAAGAGGAGCAGGAGAAACCAAUUCUAGAUAGGCCAACGAGGAUCUCCCAGCCGGAAGACACCAGACAGCCCAAUAAUGUGAUUAGGCAGCCACUGGGUCCCGACGGUUCACAAGGCUUCAAACAGCGCAGAUAAACGUGGGCAGGAGAUGAUGCUGCAGCGAGCAGGGUCAGCCGCCGCGGGUUGCACUGCCGCGGUGGACAAAUGGACUUGAGCAAAGGCAACUACCUGGUUUACUUGCACUGUGAUCCCCUUUGCUCUGCCCACUGUGACCUUCAAACCCCACGCACUGUGACCUCCCCGCUCCACCCACUGUGAUCGGCAUACCGACAAGGGCUGUCCCCAGUCACUGUAAAAGGAAAGGGGAGGGGGGGGUAUAAAGGACUCGGACGGGUGCAGAGAGUCGCGUGUGCCACUUUGGUUGAAGCUAGCGCCAGCAAUAAUGUUUGUUGUCCUCAUAACCUGGGAUUUAAGGAAAAAAAAGUGGGAAGCCUCCCCAGACGCGCAUGUUGUCUUCAUCACUUUCAGAGCAAGUUCUGUUUCAAAGGAUCUCUUUUUGUUUUCUGUUUGUAUAUCAGAUCAACUUUCAGUGGAGUGCAUGGGAAGGGUUUUAACUGUUUAGUUUGUUUUAAUUGAGAGAGGUAGUUAAGUGUUCUAAAAGGAGUUUCAAUGAAUUUCUGCAACAUUAAUGGCUAGGAUUUGGCAAGCUUAGCUUCUCGUUCUGUAUUUCUACCGCUGCCAAGCAAAUGGGAGCGGACUCCCGGAUACCUGGGCUUUCCCGUUGCCUUGGCCUUGGAAGCCGGCGGAGUCUGACCUAGUUUACGUAUUGCACCUGUUAAAGCUUGGCUGGUGUUUUCUGCUGGCUUGAGGAAAAACUUAAAAUACAUCUUUUUGUAUUUGGGGAGAAGGGAACGUGGACAGAUCCCGUGAAAAUGCCUACUGCCCGGUUACUGUUUGCAGCAGAGAGAGCAGGGCGGUGAUGAACCAGGGCUCUGUUGCAUCUGGACUUACAGGCUAGGAAGGGAACAGGCGGUGCCGCGCGGCUCUCUUCUGGUCCGCGAAAUACGUGGCGAAGGAGCCGCGCUCCGUAAAGCCCGUGCUUGUCAAGUGGCUGCGUAACGGCAGGGCCAGGACGACCGCUGCUCCGAAGGUUCGAACCUAAGUGGCUUAUGAUGGACCGAAGGCUCUGAUCUCUCGGUUACGGUACAAGUCAGUGCUGUACCUGAUGCAUUUACUUCUAGAAAUCACAGACGUUGGGAACAAAACGCGUUCAAUAAAGUUUGGAAAACUCCCUGUCUUCAUGCGUUGUGGGUGGUAACAGCUGGCUUUCUGCUAGGCUGCAGGGAACUGCUUGCUUUUGCUCCCCCAGCUCCCAGAAAAGAGGACAGGGUCUGAGGCAGGGACUCCAGCUCGCGGUCGGAAAACUUUCCUGGAUGAUAGCUGCCGAGGAGCGAGACCAGGUACCGCCAAACGUGUUUAUUGCAAGACACUGUUGACUGUGGAUGCUUCGCCUGUGCCCAAUGCUGUCUGUCUUAUCGCAUUGUCUAACUCUGUACCCUAGGCAAGAAAGCUGACCUACUCUUAAUAUUACUGUCUUGAGAGAUUAGAUGAACACUAAUGCUCUUUUUGGAGGGAAUGUAAAGAACGCCGCUUGCAUGCAAGCGACUCCGGGCUUAGAAGUGUUUCUGCAUGUUGCUAGGAGCUCUUCCUGUAGACGGACCUGCCUGGCAGAGGAACGGGCUGUGCCGCUCGUGACCCCGGCUGCCGACGCAGAAGGCUUUAGACGGUUCCCUCGGCCGAAACGGCCAUGGUCCGGCCGGUUACCCCGUUCUCGGAAGCUAGGAUAUCCCUCUGGUUGUUGGCGGAUGUAUUCUGUACAGGCGCAGCGUCGCCUACCGCGUGUGCUCAGUAGGUCGAACGGCGAACAACCAAAGUCUUUCUUCUGCCUGAGAAGAAGCAAACGUACAGAGCAUCUUCCACCCUGCGUCGUAUGGGCGACUCCCAUAUGCUAAACCAAGACGUGUACGGAAAUACAGUAUAAAAAAAAAAAAAGAAGUUACUGGUAAAAUAAAACUACCUGUGUACAAAGGAAUCUGCCAGAAGCUUAAUCUGCUAUUCGAAUCCGUGCCACCCUCCACCGUGAGCCCCCCGACCGGGUGAGCCCCCAGCGGCUGGCGCAGGGUGACGUUCUUCACCCGCUGCACGGUGGGAGAGGUCCCCGCCGGCGGGCGGACCAGGGGUUUGGCCCAAAUCUCGGCCUUCGGAGGCCGCAGUCUUAACGUUUACUGAACUCCCUCUCAGGUAGGCGGCUUGGCGGGACGUGUUCCCCUUCUCUUCGCGGGCCGGCGGUAGAGAAAAGCCCCCGGGGAAGAGCAGCUCGGCGAGGGAAGGGUCGGGCAGCGGGAAGGGAGAAGGACACUAGCAAUAACUAGUCACCGCGUCUUUCCUUAACUAUUACUCAAAAUAGCUUUUUCAGAGGGCCAGCUGCUGGCAAAAAAGCUCCCGCCGUGGCUUCGGAUACCUUGCUGCCCUUAGACGUCUCCUCCCGCCGGCGUAUCCCGCAAGUCCGGUGCCUCCGAUCCUCCCUAGUUGCACGUCAGACCUUGUCCGCCGGCACCGACCUCGCGUAAACUAAGACGACUCGGAGCCAGGGCCGAGCGCGGCGCCUUCCUCCAGCUCGGCGGUGAGCCAGGAUGCGUCCGACCUGCGGGCCGGGGGGGACGGCAUCCCUGGCGCCGCGGGCUUCCCCUCUUCCAGACGGAUAACGGGUCGGGGAAAUUCCCGUCCGGGAAUUGGCGGCGGGGAGAAGCCCCCGUUCGGGUAAUCCGUGUCCGUAGGGGUGUGCGUGUGUGUGUGCGUGUCCCCGGGGCGCUUCGCCGGUCUCCUGUACGCGUUCGGCUCGCCCGAAAAACGCGCGGGGUACGGCCCGGGCCUCCCGUCUCCCCCCCGGAAAAGUGCGCCGAAGUAUGCAGAUAAACCUUUUAUAAAUUGUAUUUUAAAUAAAUGGUGUUUAAACUUUUAA